AUGAUAGUAAAAUCUUUCCAAAAGGUUCAAGCUUUCUCGACUUCAUUAUCGUCCUCAUUAGCAAUUUGCACCCUCUAUCAAUUUUUUGUUUUGCCUCGCCACAGGCGUUUAUUCACUUUUCUCUCCCUUGGAUUUAUUAUUUGCAAUACUUUAAUUAUUGGAAUAUUUUUAUAUAUUUAUAAUGAUCAACUAGCUUUCUCAGAAUCCCCAAUACUUGCAGUUAUUCCUCUCUUUAUUUAUCAAUUAAUUGUUUUGAUUGUUGGAAUUAUUUGUGAUUCAAAUUCUGCAAGUAGCAGACAAGCUAUAGCACAGAAACUAACUGAAGCAAUUCAAAGGAGGGAUGAACUUGAACAACUUAAAAAUAGACAGGACCAAUUAUUAUUAAGUGUAAUUCCCCCUUAUUUAACUGAUAAAGUUAGCAAGUCAAUUUUUGCUACUUCCUCAGCUGCUGAUUUUAGCAAACAGGGAACUACACAAAUGAAGUUAUUUCAUGAGUUACAUGUCCAGGUUCACGACAAUGUUUCCAUUUUAUUUGCUGAUAUUGUUAAUUUUACUCAAUUAGCUGCCCAACUUGUAGCUAAAGAUUUAGUUAAAACUUUAAAUGAACUUUACAGUAAAUUCGAUGCGGAUGCCCAGGCAAAUUUUGAAAGAAACUUAAAUUAA